UUCAUCGUCUGCCUUUCAUUCAUUGCUAUCAUCUCCUUCAUAUUUUUCAUUUCUCACAAACACACUAAUUAAUGGAGAUGAAGAACGAGAAUGAAAGUGUGAGUGUGAGUAAGAAUGAGAGUGUGAGCGAGAAUGAGAAUGAGAGUCAUGACAAGUCGGUGCAACAGAUUCAACAUCCUUUUCAUAAGGAACAUCCCUUGGUGUUAGUGGCAGAGCAAAGCAAUGAAGGUCUCAAAGCUUACUGCGAUGGAUGUGGGGAACUGCUUUCAGGUCCAUGCUUCACUUGUUUUCAUUGCAAUUAUCACCUUCACAAGCAAUGUGCAGAGGCACCCCUUGAAAUUCCUAAUCACCGUCUCCAUCCCAAGCACUCAUACGCAGGAUUUUUUCUUCGACAAAAGCCAUGCCUUUAUGAUGACCUGGUAUAUGGUUGUGCAUUAUGCAAGGAAAAACGUAACAUGUUUUUUUAUGAAUGUAAUGAUUGUUUUUUUUCAUUGACAUUAAAUGUGCUCAAUUAUCUUCUUCAUUUAAGUUUAGCCAACCAUCCAAACAUGACAUCCACCAACAUCCAUUAA